AAUUUUUUUUCAAAAAUUAUAAAAUAAAAAAAUAUAUAAAAUUUAAAAUUUGUAAAAUAAAUAACUAAAUUUACGUUCUAAUAGCAUAUAGACACCACAGAUGAAUUGAAUUAUGUAUUACCACUGAAAGAAGAGAGAAAAAAAAAUCUGACCGACCAAAAACGUGAGGAGGAAAAGGUUACGAAGUUAUCGAUACAGAUUGCCUCCAUAUCUAUUCAAUCACUUAAAAUGAUGGUUAUCGUCAAAUUUAAUUUAAACGAGAUAAUAUGAAUCAAAGACAUCCAUCUUCGACCUCGAUUCUUUCAAAUCAGUCCGGUGAUUGCUCUCGUAAUCCUUUUCAUAAUUUGGACAACCAGUCAAACAACACCUGUGAUAUUUACAGCAGCAAUCUGCAACCAUCGGUAGCUAAUAAAUUGUUGAUAUCUGAGCAUCAUGGAAAUAACAUAAAAGAAGUCAACGGUAUAGGAGGAAAGAACAAAGAUUCUUGGGUCUGUCCCGAUGAUAGACAAUUGGCAUUACGAGCAAAGCUCAAAACUGGGUGGUCAGUCCAUACUAAUAAAGCACCAUCACCCGGAAAGAUUAACGAACAACAAUUGACGGAUUCCGAACAAGAAGCGAUUAUGGAAGUUAUACACAGAGCCGAGAUGCUAGAGAGCUUAGAAAAGGAAAGAGUUGGGAAAUUGGUUGAUAAAUUAGAAAACAUGAAACACAAUGCCAUUGGAAAUGGAGUCAAUCAGUGUAUUUUGUGUGGAGAAGAAUUUGGCCUGUUAUCGCCAGCACGUUAUUGCGAAGAUUGCAAAAAGGCUGUAUGUUCUAAAUGUGUAGUUGAUGCCGGUUUAACAGAUCCUCAAGGUCAUCAUCACCCACUCUGGCUGUGCAAAAUUUGUAGCGAGUCUAGAGAAAUCUGGAAACGUUCUGGCGCAUGGUUUUUCAAAGGCUUGCCCGUUAGCACGCCAAUUCCUUCUACUAACACCUCUACAACAUCGUUAAAUAAAAAAUCGGAGAAUUCUAGAGCGGAAACCAGCAGCCCUAAUACUCCUGGUCGUUACAGGAAAACUGUAAAUACUACCCCUAAACAUAGGGGAAAAACAACAACCAAUCAACCAAGUGGAAGACAAUUACCUCCUACGCCGGAUGUUGCCUCUGCUCAUGGACAUGAUAAAAAGGAAUCAUUAAGUUCCUUACCAAAAACUUAUCCUACAUGGACAAACGUUAAGCGUAAAGAUGAUAUAGAAGAACCUGCGGUAUCAUUAAAUAACGAUAUCGUGGAUCUCCCUAAAACAUACCAAUCUCAUAGUAUAAAGGAUUCAGAAUUGCCCAUAAUCAAAUCAACUUCUGCAUCAUCAUCCUCGUCUACAUCAUCUUCCAUCGAUAAUAACAUAAACAACUAUAAUCCAACUCAAAUUCCAACCCCAACUCCUAAACUCGGACACAAAUUACCUCAGGUUCCUUCCUUCAACAAGAGCAGAGUUAUCGAAAAUGUUUCCAAUCUAAUCCCUCCGUCGAUAACCUCUCCUAGCACCCUGGCAACUAAUUCGGGUCAGACGCUCAAUGUAACAUCUUCCCAACAAAAGGUGCCGCCAUCGAAUCCUAAUAGGGCCAAAAGUCCAUCUUUUCCGUCAAAUAAAAUAGGUGGCGAAAAGAGGACAAAAUCAAUAAAAAUUCCACGUUUACCAAAUUUUAUUAAUCACAAACAGCCGUUGGCCAAAGAGGACACAUCUGAUUCGGAUAUCAACAAACAUCAGGAAGAUGAGAAGGAUAAUUAUGAACCUGAUUUUGUGACUGAACCCGAUCCCAAUGCAAAAACAGAUACCAAAUCGUCAAAAGAUACAAACGAAUACAAGCCACCCAUUUAUCAAAAAGCAAAAAGUAUCAUAACACCGAUUAUGCAAGAACCUUCUCCGGAUUACAACGACACUUCCGCAGAUGUUACACUAGGUGGUGCACGAUCAAAACUUUUCGAUUCAUUCGAUAAAUCUAAAAAAUUUAGCCAGAGUUCAGGAAUAAAAUUUUCUCCUGAUACAAAAGUGGAUGUCAAAUCGAAACAAGAUGCAAACGAAUUCGAAGAUGAUAUCGAUGAAGAUGAAGAUGACGAAGCUUUAUCAACUUCUAGGGGCUCUUUGGAGUUCUCCCUUCUUUAUGAUUCCAUUAAUAAUGCACUGCAUUGUACUAUCCAUAGGGCUAAGGGCCUAAAAGCAAUGGAUUCAAAUGGAUUUUCUGAUCCUUAUGUUAAGCUACAUUUAUUGCCAGGUGCUGGAAAGUCGACCAAAUUAAGAACUAAGACUGCUCACAAAACACUUAAUCCAGAAUUUAACGAAACUCUAACGUAUUUCGGGAUCACCGAAGAAGAUAUGAUGAAAAAAACUCUGAGAUUAUCAGUAUUAGAUGAAGAUGUAUUUGGGCAUGAUUUUAUCGGCGAAACUCGAGUGCCUUUGAAACGGCUCAGAGCCCAACAAACAAAAACGUUUAAUGUUCUACUCGAAAAACAAAUGCCACUGGAAAAGGAUGAUGAUUUAGUUCAAACCGAUAGAGGAAAAAUUUUGGUUUCUUUAAAAUAUUCGACAAGCAAACAAUGUUUGAUAGUAGGUAUAGUACGAUGUGCCGGUUUAGCUGCUAUGGAUUCCAAUGGUUAUUCUGAUCCCUUCGUAAAGGUUUACCUUAAACCUGACACGGGUAAAAAAUCGAAGAAAAAAACGGCAGUCAAAAAAAGGACUUUAAACCCAGAAUUUAAUGAAGAAUUCGUAUAUUAUUGCAAUCUACGAGAAUUGGCAUCUAAAACAUUAGAUAUUACAGUAUGGGAUAAAGAUAUUGGCAAAUCUAAUGAUUAUAUAGGUGGAAUUCAAUUGGGUAUAAAUGCAAAAGGGGAAAGAUUAAAACAUUGGUUUGAAGCCUUAAAAAAUCCAGAGGUUAAAGUUGAAAAAUGGCACUCAUUGUCUCACGAACUUUUACCCGAUCCUGAACAAAUACCGGAACAAUAAUAAAUUUCCCUAUAUAGGCCUCAUUUAUUAUUAUUAUUUAUCUUAUUCAAAAGAUAUUUCACUUAUUAUAUUAUAUUAUAGUUUCUAUAUGUAUAACAUGAAUUUUAAUUACCCUUAUAUAAUCUACAAAUGCAAUAUUAAUUUACCCCGAAGACAGUGUAUAUAUUAUAAAUUUAUCACAUUAGUUAUAUAAGUAUUAUUAUUAUUAUAUUGUUUAAACACCGAUAUAAACAUUAUGGCUUUUGGAAUUAGAGGUGUGCGAUGAACCAAAUCCACCUGCCUGCUGUUUAAAAAUAAAUUAAUCUACCCGCCUAGAGUUUUUGGGGGAAAUAUAUCACCCAUCCUUCUCCUGUUGAUUUAAAAAUGUUUUACACAUCCACGCACUAAAAAUAACUUAAUUGAUUGGUUUGAUGCUUUUUAUUUUGGUCACUUUUUUUUAAGCGUAUGUACACAAUAUUUUUUUUAAAAAAUUAGACACAAAAUCAUGAAAUAUUUUAAAAUAUAAUAUUUAUUAAUAUUAAAAAAUAAGCCACUAUCCCCCCCCCACUUUGUCCGCUCUUUUGACAAUAAUAUAUUUAAACACUCACCUUUUGCCCCAUUGUUUAAACAUUUUUUAUUCCGCUCACUCGUAUAUCGCUAGCAGGAGAGAGUGGGUGGACGCGUUAAAAGCGCUAGUUGCAAACUUCCAAUUGGAAUCGCGAUCAAUAUUAUAUAUUUAUUAAAUUUAUGAAAAUGAAACUUAUUAAAACUGGCAAUAAUUAACGAUCCAUAUAGAUAUUAAUUGAUAAAAUAUAACAUAAUUUUUUGA